AAUGAAGAGGUUUGUUCUAUUUUGUGCUUCCCCUACCGAAGUGCCGUCGGCCCAAAUUAAACAUGAGUACGAGAAAGCUAUCAUUACAGAAAGUUAUGUCUUUUGUUGAGAGCGUUGAUGAAUGUGGAAUUGUAAAUAUGGAUGAUUUGGAUAAGGAACAACUAUCUAUGCUAAAAUCGACUUUUGAUGCAUUCGAUGUUGACAGAAAAGGAUUUAUUUCGACUGACAUGAUUGGAACAAUUUUGGAUAUGCUAGGGACUCAAUUAGUGGGUGAUGAACUAGAGAGUAUAAUUGAUGAAAUAGACGAAGAUGGAAAUGGCGAAGUGAGUUUUGAAGAAUUUGCAAAUUUGGCUGCAAGAUUUUUAAUUGAAGAGGAAGAAGAUACUGAUGCCAUUCAGUCAGAACUAAAGGGAGCAUUUAGAAUCUAUGAUAGAGAUGGUAAUGGUUUUAUUACCAUUGAAGUCCUAAGAGAAAUUUUACAGGAAUUGGAUGAAAAGUUAACUGAUGAUGACUUGGACAAUAUGAUUGAUGAAAUCGACACCGAUGGUUCUGGAACUGUUGACUGGGAAGAGUUCAAAGCGGUUAUGAUUGGUUGAACAAUUUUUGGACAAUGAUUUGCAUUUUUACCUUAUUGUAUUUAUGUCAUAAAGCAUUAUGUAAUAAUGAAUAGAAAUAAAUUACUGAAAAAAUCGUAAUGUCUCGAUUAAGUAGUAUUACUGUGGCUUGUGUUAGAUUUUAGUUGUUUAUAAUGUCAAUUAAAUAGACUUGUUUAUGAUA